AUGCCCUCCGCCUACACCCAGCGCUCCCUGGCCGUGCUGCUGCUCUUCGGCACGCUGGCAGCCCUCAUGGCUGUGCUCGCCUCCAUCCUCAUCUUCCAGCUGCAGGCGGGCCGGGCCCAGGCCGGCUCCCCCGGCGCCUUCUCGGAGCGGGUGGCGAGGGUGCUGCUGCCGGUCUCGGCCGUGCUGGCCGCCCUGUGCCUGGGGCUCAACGUCGGCUGCCUCCUGCUUUGCCUCCUGCACAGCUACUUCAGCGCCGAGGUGUGCCGGGGAGCCGCGGAGCCGGACAGAGCCGACUGGUUCCUGUUGGACAGCCGGAUGAUUCGGCAUGUUGCCAUUGGCUUGUUCUGCUGCGGUGUUUCUGUCUAUUUAGCAGCUCUCUCCAUCUACAUGCUGCUGCUGUUUGAAAUCGAGACCGGCAUAACCAGUGCCUGCAUCCUGUCCACCGGGAUCAUCGUCCUGCUGAUCACAGUGAUGCACGCCUUCGUCAGGGCCUCCCAAGCCUCACGGCGCAGCCAGUCCGAGCUCUGCCGUACCCUCUACGAGAACGACUCCGCCCGGCGCAGCGACACCCCGGCUAGCAACCUCAACAACAGCAAGAACGUGGCUGCAGCCCGCCCGCGGCCAGAGAUCCACCGAGAGUUCUCCUACCCACCAUACAUAGAGCAGAAGCCCCACCUUGCCUCACCAGGCAGAGGCAGCUUCACCUUGCCAGGAAGCCAUAGGCCACUGGCUGAGAAGGACUGCUGCAACCUGCCCCGGACACACAGGACACUGUCAGCAGAGCCAGGCCUGCUGCAGGUACAGGGCAAGCCCUGGAACAGCGUCACCCAGGAGAUGAGGAAUAUUUUGUCACGGAAGCCAGGAGUCUCUGGGAAGGAUUCAACUUUGGUGUGA